AUGGUCAAUUUUGGAGUAAUAAGCCAAACAUCGGAUCUAUGUCUUCUCGCCACCGCCGACGAGUGUCUCCGCCAUUAUCUGCAGCUCCGACGUCUUGUUCUACUGGUGCAGAAUUUUGUCGCCAUGGCUGAAAAUAUGGUAACACAGGAAUACGAUGAACUCACUGAAGCUCUCAACGAUCUAUUUACUAAUGUUUCCACUAUGAUUAAAGGCGAUCUUCAGGGUACAAACAAUGUGCUCAAGCUGUUGGAAACUAUGAAUCUGAAAGUAGCAGAAGAAUAUGAAGGAUUUGGUGAUGUUGCCUCUGGAUUGAGGGUUUUUGUUGAUCGAUUGAAGGCAAAAAGUGAGAAUUUUGAUGAGUAUGUUCAGCAAAUUGAUGCUAUAGAACAGCAAGUGACUGAUCUAGAAGUAGUAAUAUCCAUGCUUGAUAAAUAUGUUUCUUUGUUGGAGUCAAAAGUUCAGUCUGUUUACAAGAUGCCAGCUUCAUCAUCGUCAUAGUUUGCACAUAUCUUAAGAAACUGAAAUGGAUCCCUACAUAUUGAGUAAAAAGGGAUACUUUUCUCAGUUGUUCCAUUGAAAUGAAAUUGAUCCAAAACUUGUUGAAAUAUCAUUCAACCUAUUUGUCUUGUUUGUCUAUAUAUUCCAUCAUUCAUUUAAGGC